AUGAAGAGUGAAAGCGAUAACGUUAAAAUAAUCGAAAGAGAUCAAUACAAAAUUUGUAUCAAACAAGAUUUAAAAAAUGAGCUGUAUGCUGAGAUCACUGUGUUACCAGCUAAUUGCAAGUUAAAAUUCAUAAAUAAGGGUAUUUUGAUUGGAGUUAUAAAUGCGACCGUUCAUUAUUUGAUUCACUAUAGUCAGACAAUUGAUUUAGAUAAAUAUAAUAUUUGGUUUCAAUUCAUUUUGUUUCUCACCACUUUGAUUUUGAUAAGAUCACCACCAGUAGAGCAAGCUACAGUUAUUAAAGAUUAUGGUAUUCAACUGGCAAAUUGGAAUGGGCUUAUAAUAUUUCCAUAUAGAAUAAAUAAACAGUUAACGCAAAAGAGGGAAUUUAUCUCAAGAGAGAAAGUUUUAGAUGUAAUCAUUAAUGAAGGUUUUUAUAAAUGGUAUCAGGUCAUUUUCUAUCUUUGUAUAAUGGUUCAUAAUGAGAAAAAAUUAAGAUUAAUGUUUCCACAUUAUAUGAAAAUGAAAUUGGAUGAUGAACGAUUAAUAUAUCAAUUGUGUCAAAAAUAUUUAUAUACGGAAGAGGACAAAAAAAGACAUGAUUGUUUGCAUUAA